UUUUCUUUCGGUUCUCUGUGGUUUUUCGUGGUUUGAGAACGUAAAAUGGAUAGUUUUACGCCGAAAAUCACCACGGAAACAUGCAGAUUCUGUUUGCGUGAUGAUGGAUCUGUUUUGCGGCUCUUCGAUUGCUUCGCUGCGACAGAAAAUACUGAACUUCUGCAGACCAUCGCUGGGUGUGAAAUCACUCACGAGGAGACACACCAGAAUAUCUGCCUAAAGUGUGUGCAACAGAUGAAACUGGCAAUGGGCAUAAUUUCCGAGUUUCGCCGAGCAAACAAACUGUUUUGUAGUUUGUUAGAAAAGCUGGAUUAUACAAACCAUUGUCAGAAUGUACUGGAAGCCACACCGAUGAUAACGUUGGUGCUGGAAUCAGCAACGGACAUCGCAGAAUUGGCCGUUGAACCGAUUUGUGCCGAACCAGAGAAGGAAGAAUAUUUCCAAACAGAACAAGCCGACUGUGACGAUUCGGAUUACAAUAUACAAUCAUUGGAGAAUGCCCCCCAGAUUGAGCAAGGGUCGGAGGUCUCCCAAGAUACGCCAAAUGCCAAAGAAAAAGACCAAAUGUGCUAUAUCUGCCAUUCCUUCCGCGGUUCUCGAGUCGCAAUUAGCAAACAUUUGCGAAAUACGCAUGCCAGCGAAGGACCCUAUCGUUGCAGCCAGUGCCUGUUCGUUUUAGCUGGUGUCCAAGAGUUGAAUAAUCACUUGUGCAGCCACGAAACUCCGUUCGGAUGCUUGUUUUGCACAGAAAUGUUCCAACAACUGGACGAGUACAACGAACACCAACGAGUAUGCAACGGUUACAGCUGCUACGGUUGCCAGAACCAAUUUCCAACCUUUGCACACCUGAAGAAUCACACCGGAUGCGUGUCAUCGAAACUUCUGCGACUACGUGCGGUUAAUCGUAUGCUGAAGUAUAGAAAUGUCGCCACCUCGUUUCAGUGUGGAAUAUGCAGUGAAACGUUUUACCGCGAUAAUGUGCUCGCACGGCACCUAGAGAAAGAACAUCCCACCGCAUCGGUGCCGUUGCAUCAAUGUAAUGUUUGUCACCUCAAGUUCACCACGAUCAGUGACGCUAGGAAACAUCGGAUCUCACAUAAAAACGAUACUAUUGCGCUGCAAACCAAAAACGAGCAGGAACAAGAAUCUCCUAGAGAAGUGGACCUAGAUAGUAAGAAUGAUUGCAUUAUCUGCUGGAGUAGCUUUAAAUUUAAUCGCGAGCUGUUGCAGCACCUGGAGAUGGAGCACAAAGAUGUACGCGUGAGGCUGCACCAGUGCACCAAGUGUGACCGGAAGUUUACGAGUGAGGCUAAGCUGCAGAAGCACGACUACAACACCCACCAGGGCCGACAGCCCAAGUUUGUGUGCACCUUCUGUGGCCGUGUGUUUAACAAGCGGAUUGGGCUGCGUGAUCACGAGAGCACACACUGUGGCAAGAAGAGAUACAACUGUGAGAAAUGCAAGCGGGAAUUUAGCUACAAGAGCUCGUACGAUCGCCAUAUGCAGGUGGUACAUAGCGAUGCAAAGAAUUUCACCUGCGAGUAUUGCCAGAAGAGCUUCAAGCGGAAACCCACGUUGAAGGUGCACCUUCGACUGCACACCGGCGAGAAACCGUACCAGUGCGAGUUCUGCGUUCGCCAGUUUGUCGAUGCGUGCUCGUUUCACAAGCACAAGAAAAAGGAGCAUGGGUUGUAAUGCACCAGGUUCAAGUACAUUGGAAUUUCCCUUUGUAAUUCGUUUGAAAGAGUACA